CCCAACCCUCAUGUGAACGAGCUUCCGCGAAGGGUUCGAGUGUCUGCGAGGGAAACUCAAUCUAACGUUAUUUGGCGUUGAACUAUGGCCACGAACAGUACAAACCGUGAACGAAUUCGUGAACAUAAAGUCUUCCUAGUAGAAACUUUAUGUGAAGAAGCUGACGUCAUCUUGCAGCACGCACAGGGCGAUAAACUUAUAACCCCGCGGGAGUACAGGAAUCUUAAAGAUGUCGUUAACAGAGAGAAGAAGACCAUUGACCUUCUGGACAAACUCAUGAACAAGGGAGAGGAAACCUGCUGCAAUUUCGUACAGAUUUUAGGAAAGGCCGAUAUAUUGGAGACUUUUCCAUCAUUGGUGGGUCAUGCCAUCAUUGCACAUCCAGGGAAAAUACAAGAGAUCAGGCAAUAUACAAUAACACAAAUUCCACGCGGUACCUGCGUAAUUAUCAACAAUGUACAUUUUGGAAGCAUGAAGGAAAGGGAGGGAUCAGAUGAGGAUCAAAAGUCUCUUGACAGAGUUUUCAGCUGGCUGGGGUUUACGGUGUUGGUACACAAAGAUAAAACCGCAGCACAAAUGAAGGAUCUCCUGAUAGACCUGGGCAGGACAGUGAAUGGUGACUGCUUCGUAUGCUGCAUCCUCAGCCACGGCAGCAGUGAUGGAGUCUUUGGAACUGACAAGAACAUUGUUUCUGUUGAUGAAAUACGUGAACCUUUCAAUGGCAGUAACUGUAGGAACCUAGCUGGCAAACCCAAACUGUUUUUUAUACAAGCUUGUCGUGGAGGUAAAUUCCAAAAUGUUGUUCGAGUCCAAGCAGAUGAUCCAGAAGGAGCCGAGUCAGAGCUGGAGGUGGAUGCUGAAAGUAUGGAAGUCUCAAUCCCAGCUGACUCGGAUUUCCUCAUUGCCAGAUCAACUAUUGACCUUCACGUCUCUUUCAGAAACACAGUGAAAGGCUCCUGGUUUAUUCAGUCACUGUGCAAGCAGCUAGAGACACAUUGUCCAAAGGGAACUGACAUCCAGACAAUACUGCUCGAAGUGAAUUAUGAUGUCAGCCUUGAGGGUGUUACCAGGAAACAGAUGCCUGUCCAUGAAGUUGCCAUGAGGAAGAAACUAAUUCUUCAUGUCCCCAAAGUCCAGUGAAACCCUGCAAAGUCCUGCAGUACAUGUUAAGCUACAUAUGUCAUUUAUAUACACUUUAGUUUUUUUAUAUGAUUGAUGUUUUCAUUAGGUCUGUUUUUAGUUAUACAGGAAAGAAAUCUUAAAUUCUCUUUUCCUUUUUAAAUAUUUUGUAAUAAUAAAUAAAGUAAAAAAAAAAUAGGGACCAAAGCUGUUAACAUGACAGCAAUCCUGGCCCCAUAUCUUCAUUUUUUUUUUAAAACAUUGUAAUAUUUCCUUUUAAAAAUGUUCCUCAAGAUAAUGCUUUAAUUUGUAUAUCCAUUUACUGUCUCUAAUCAAAAAGUAUUCCA